AUGGAUGAACAGGAGAAAAUAAAGAGGCUGGAAGAGCUCAAAAAGCAACGAGAAGAGCUCGAUAAGCUUAUAAAAGACCUAACAGAAAGUGUGACCGGCCCAACAAACAUCCCCUAUACUACCGUUUAUACCACUGUAUUUCCUCCAUACACCUCGAGCAUCGAUUUUUCAGCUAUAGAUCCAAAAGAUCUCCUCCAAAUCAAAAUAUUUGUGAAUAAAAAAUGUAACCAAGUCUCAACAGACUUCUCACACACGAUAAAUCUUGUAAAUGAGAUGCUUCCGUUUCGAGACAAUAUCGCUUUUAAGGAAAUAUUUCUAAGAAAGCUUUUGGAUCAGGGCAGGGUACAAGUUUCUGGCCAUUUUGAGUCCUAUAAGCCCCUUUCGUUUUUACUAUUUAAGCUUGACAGCCCAGAUAUAAUCAACACGUAUGUUAGACUGCUUAUUACAAAGCAAGGUUCCGAGUCGGAGCUCAAAGGAAUGUAUGCAAUAUACUUUGGAUUCCUGAAUCUAAAAGAGGACAUAGACGGCUGUUGGCUAUGGAUGGCCUCGAUUCUGAAUGUGAAUCCCAAUAGAUUUACUGGAUAUGUUCUUGAGGUAUUCUUGGUCAUUUGUGGUGAUCUUUUAUUUGAGAAGAUUCAGACUCAGUUUGCGGGCAUCUUAAGGUAUAUUAAGAAAUUUUACUUGAAGGAGCUUGGGAAUGCGCCAGUUGAAAGCAGAAUCUCAAGAUUGCUUUCAAAAUAUCAAAACUGUUAA